AUGCACCAAGGAAACCAAAGUAUCUCCAAAUUCUUCCUCCUGGGACUCACUGUGGGGUCUGAACAGCAGAAGCUCAUCUUUAUGCUGUUUCUGUGCAUGUAUCUGGUCACCAUGGUAGGAAACUUACUUAUCAUCCUGGCUAUUAUCAAUGAUGCUCACCUUCAUAGCCCCAUGUACUUCUUCCUUGCCAAUCUAUCCUUCAAUGACAUCUGCUUCACAACCACUACAAUCCCCAAAAUGUUGGCAGACAUCCCAAGCCAAAGCCCAACCAUCUCCUUUGCAGGAUGCCUUACACAAAUGUACUUUUUUAUGUUGCUGGUGGACCUGGACAAUUUCCUUUUGGCAGCCAUGGCAUAUGACCGGUACGUUGCCAUCUGUCACCCAUUACACUAUGCUGCAUUACUGAGCCCCAAGCGUUGUGCCCUGUUGGUAGUGACUCCAUGGGUCAUCUCCAAUCUUGUCUCAAUACUGCAUCUCAGUCUGCUGAGUCUCUUGACUAUCUGUGAUCAGAGAAAAAUCCCACACUUUUUCUGUGACCUGGAACCCAUUUUAAGGUUUGCUUGCUCAGACACUCAAAUCAAUGACUUGACAAUCCUAGUUGUUGGGGGAGCAGUUAUCUUUAUUCCCUUCACCUUCAUUAUUGUCUCCUAUGCCAUUAUUUGUUGCACUGUACUUGGGGUUACUUCAGCCAAAGGGAAGUGGAGAACAUUCUCCACUUGUGGCUCCCAUCUCUCAGCUGUGGCCCUCUUCUAUGGAUCCAUUGUUGGGGUAUACUUUCUCCCCUCUUCUGCCUACUCAGCAGAAAGGGAUAAAGUAGCUGCCAUCAUAUAUACAAUUGUAACUCCCAUGAUGAACCCCUUCAUUUAUAGUCUGAGGAACAAGGACAUGAAAGGAGCACUGAGGAGAUUAUUCAGCAAGAAAACCUUUUUCUGGAGGUGGUUAGCCCUGCCAUAAGAGACACCUCAAUCAACUUUCUAGACUUGGAUUAGCACACAGAGGGUCCAAAGCCUCAGGCUAUUGUGCUACUAUAGUAGUUGCUCAUUCAUUUCCUGCCCCCAAUCCAGGU